UACACGAGAGAUUUCGAAGUGAUAUAAGUUGCAGCAAAGCCGCGCAAUUAUUCAAAAUGAGGAAGAGAGAGAGAGAGAGAGAGAGCAACUGGUAUUUCAUCGCAACAUUUCUAACCCCCCUCCGGAAAUUAGGUCCCGAAGUUAUAAAGUAUCUUGACACACCUUGUAACACCGAGAGAGAGCAACAAGUUCUCACCCGAUGUACCCGGUUGCGCUUUAUAGACUUGCGUGGUGCACAUUUUCUGCUGUCUCUGCUUGCAGAGCUGGAUCUCGAUUAUUUGGAAAAGCGAGGCGGAAACACAAUAACCUACGAAGGCGCCGAAGGCGGAUCGAAAGAGGAGGACAGUCCCGCGGACACGUUAGAUCGCGUUAAAAUCAUCUUCCUGGGCGCGCCCGGCGUGGGAAAGACAAGCAUAAUCCGACAAUUUGUCUGGAGCGAGUUCUCCGAGGAGUACAGACCAACCGAGAGACGCGAGACGUUCUAUCCGAGCGUGGUGCUCGCCGAUCGGCUGUACGAAUUGAAGAUCACCGAUCUGCCGACCAUUCCGUACUUCCCGGUCAGUUCGCACCUGGAAUGGACGGAUUUUCGUUAUUACGGAUUGCGGAGCGCGACCGCGUACGUGCUCGUGUUUGAUCUAAGCAAUCAGGACACAUUUCAGUACAUCAGAACGUUGCGCGAGCAAAUCUACGAGGCCCGCGACAUGAGAGGCGUACCGCUGCUGGUGGUCGGGAACAAGCAGGACGAACUGUCGCAGGCCGUCGCUUCCGGUUCCAGGUACCGAGACAUCGUCAAUCUCGUCCGGAAGCACUGGAGAUGCGGUUACGUCGAGUGCAGCGCCAGAUUUAACUGUCGCGUGGUGCAGGUAUUUCGGGAACUGAUGAAGAGCAUCCAGGCGAUAGAAGGCAGACCGACCUCGCCGGCAGCCGCUACAUCGCAGCAGAUGCGCUCCAAUCCGAACGACAGCGGCGAGAAGUGCAGUCUUCUCUGACAAUGAGAAUAACUCAUGUGCCUGCUACGGGGCAAGAUCACGAGGAUCGUGGACCGUGCGUUAGCGCGCGAGGACGCGCUAUCCGCCAGGUGUGCCACAGUGCCCGGUAAUAAUAACGCUCGACGUCGAUCCUCGUCGAUACGCGGCAUCGUGUCGCGCGUCAUUCGGUCUCAGUCGAUGAAACCGGAACAAUGACUCGCUCGAUCGAGUUGAGUGUGACACAGGUCGACAAUGAUGACGGCAAUCAUACGAAUAUAAUUAUGUAAAUUUUCUCGAAAAAGCCCGAACUCGCACGAGUUACGCACGCGUGCAGAGCGUGAUUUCGAAAUAAGCGACAAUAAUAUAUUGAAAUUUCAUACGUUGACGGUUUAAAACAAACGAAAAAAAAUAAAAAAAAAAAAUAAAAAAAAAAAAAAGAAUCCGCUGCCGACGCGCGCGGUGAAGCGCACCGCGAGCUUGAAACAUAUACGAGAGAAUUUUGUAAUCUAAUCAAAAAAAAAAUCAUCGCUAAAUUUUAACGAAAGGAAGGAUCUAUCCUCUUGCGCUGUUACAUUUGUUAUAUUUAUAUGAAGAGAGGAGAGAGAGAAGGGGAAGAGGGGGAAGAGAUCGAAUUUAUUUUCAAAGAUCGUUUUUUUUUUUACAUAAACUGUAAAUUGUUGAUAAUUUUUGACGAGUUCCAUUUUCCGACGCGCCUUUUUCAAAGUCACCUCUUUGCGUCUUCAUUGAAAAAUUACAAAUCGAUUUUAAUAAAACUCGCAAUUUCCGAAACAAACAAACAAACAAACAAACAAACAAAGUAAGACCGUGCCAAUCACCGAAUGCUUCGAUAAGUAUAACAAAGUUCUCACAGAAAGCGGGAUUAUUAAGAACCGGGAGUGAAACAAAAGCCAGAAAAAAAAAAAAAAAAUUAC